AGUGAGAUUGGCUUAGCGGGCUCGAGGCCGCUGUAUUCUUGGGUUGCGUUUGGCUCCUCCUCUCUCGUAAAACCCUCGAUAACUCUCUCUCCAGUUCUCUCUCUAUCGGAGCUUCACUUCCCUAGCUGAAAAUGCCGCCUAAAGCUGCGAAAUCGAAGGAAGCACCGGCGGAGCGGCCGAUCCUCGGCAGAUUCUCGUCUCACCUCAAGAUUGGCAUCGUUGGAUUACCAAAUGUUGGCAAAUCAACGCUCUUUAAUACCCUCACAAAACUAGCUAUACCGGCAGAGAAUUUCCCCUUUUGCACCAUCGAGCCAAAUGAGGCCCGAGUGAAUAUCCCAGACGAGCGGUUUGAAUGGCUUUGCAAAUUGUACAAGCCAAAAAGUGAGGUCCCAGCUUUCCUAGAAAUCCAUGAUAUAGCUGGGCUAGUCAGAGGAGCUCAUGAAGGUCAAGGCUUGGGCAAUAGUUUCCUUUCCCACAUCCGUGCAGUCGAUGGGAUUUUUCAUGUUCUUCGUGCCUUUGAGGAUCCGGACAUUAUACAUGUUGAUGACUCGGUUGAUCCUGUUAGGGAUCUAGAAGUUAUUAGUGCUGAAUUACGACUAAAGGAUGUUGAAUUUAUGGAGAGAAAGAUAGAGGAUUUGGAGAAGAGCAUGAAGAGGAGCAAUGACAAGCAAUUAAAGAUUGAGCACGAAUGCUGUAUGAAGGUCAAGGCAUGGCUAGAGGAUGGAAAAGAUGUUCGUCUUGGAGACUGGAAAGCUGCUGAUAUUGAGAUAUUGAAUACCUUUCAACUACUUACAGCAAAGCCAGUUGUCUACUUGGUUAAUAUGAAUGAGAAAGAUUAUCAGAGAAAGAAGAACAAGUUUUUGCCCAAGAUUCAUGCUUGGGUGCAGGAGCAUGGAGCCGAAACAAUAAUUCCUUUCAGCUGUGUCUUGGAGAGAAACCUUGCUGAUAUAUCGGAAGAUGAAGCUGCAAAAUACUGUGAGGAAAACAAGGUGCAAAGUGCCCUUCCGAAGAUAAUAAAGACAGGAUUUUCAGCGAUCAAUUUGAUAUACUUUUUCACAGCGGGCCCAGAUGAGGUCAAGUGCUGGCAGAUCAGGAGACAGACAAAGGCUCCUCAAGCUGCUGGGACCAUUCACACUGAUUUUGAAAGAGGUUUCAUUUGUGCUGAGGUUAUGAAAUUUGAGGAUCUAAAAGAACUUGGGAGUGAAGCAGCUGUCAAGGCUGCAGGGAAGUACAAACAGGAGGGAAAAACAUACAUUGUUCAAGAUGGAGACGUCAUAUUCUUCAAAUUCAAUGUUUCUGGUGGUGGCAAGAAGUGAAACAUGUACCAUUUGCUGCUUCACCCGUAUUCUGUCUUGAAGAGACUGCUCUCAUGAUGUUGUUGGUUAGGCGGUCUCUUCUUGCUCCGAUGAAAUUAUAUUUUGAUUUGUACUAUUAACGGACGAUGUGCCUGAUUUUGGCUUCCGUGAAACACUCCAGUGCUUAGCAAUCAAGUUGAAGAAAUUCUCCAGUGCUUAGUAAUCUAGUUAGCAUCCACUUUUGAGAGCAGCUGUGAACGAUGGUAUCGGGGGGAUUUUUUGUUUGGUUCCCUGGAGAGUUCUAUUAGCGCAAGUGAGCUUUUUUUCUCA